GAUGUAAGAUGACGACUUCCGGGAGGCGCGCAGGAAGUGAUGGAAUCAGCGGUCACUUCCGGUAGGUGGAGUGGGCGAGAAUUGCCCGCCUACCCCCAGCUCUGGGUUGGCUCGUGCCCAGCAGGAGCCGGAGACGCCGGGAGAAGAAGCCGCAGCCAGAGUCGGAGUCGGAGCCGGAGCCGGAGCCGGGGGGCAGAAGAUCUGGGAGAAGAGCACUUUGGUCUUGAAUAUCUACCGAGCUGACAAGAUAGUAGACUGUCCCGUUGUCUUAAUACACAGAAGAGGAGGAAAAAGAUCUGAAAUACUGAACAGGAAGCUAAAAGUGCACUGUUCGCUACCCCAGACUGAAGAGCAAAGUACGUCUCCUGUAUGACUUUCAGUCACUGUGAGUUGGAAGAUGAAGAUACCUUAGCGAGUUCCUGAGUGAAUGGAACAUCUCCAGGCUGGUGUUUUUGGAGAUUAGCUUUGGAUCCUCAUAAGUGACUGAUCUAUGAAAUGGCAGAGAAUGGAACAGAUUGUGACCAGAGACGCAUAGGAAUGAUCAAAGAACAGCACAAUGGGAACUUUACAGACCCCUCUUUGCCAUGUGAACGGAAGCGAAGGGACCGAGAAGAGAGGCAGAAUAUUGUGCUCUGGAGACAACCGCUCAUUACCUUGCAGUAUUUUUUCCUGGAAACCCUAAUAAACUUGAAGGAAUGGACCAUAAAAUUGUGGCAUCGCCGAAGUAUCGUGGUGUCUUUUUUGCUGCUGCUUGCAGUGCUUACAGCUGCGUAUUAUAUAGAAGGAACACAUCAACAGUAUGUGCAGUAUACGGAGAAAAAAUUCUUGUGGUGUGCCUACUGGGUAGGCUUAGGCAUUCUGUCCUCUGUUGGACUCGGAACAGGUCUUCAUACCUUUCUACUCUAUUUGGGUCCACACAUAGCAUCAGUUACACUUGCUGCGUAUGAAUGUAACUCAGUUAAUUUUCCUGAACCACCAUACCCUGAUCAAAUUAUCUGUCCUGAUGAGGAGGGGAUUGAAGGAUCCAUCUCUUUAUGGACCAUAAUCUCAAAAGUCAGGCUAGAGGCCUGCAUGUGGGGUGCUGGCACAGCUAUUGGAGAACUGCCUCCUUAUUUCAUGGCCAGAGCAGCCCGACUCUCUGGUGCUGAACCUGAUGAUGAAGAGUAUCAGGAAUUUGAGGAGAUGCUGGAACAUGCAGAGGCUGCACAAGACUUUGCCUCCCGAGCUAAACUGGCCGUCCAGAACCUGGUGCAGAAGGUUGGAUUCUUUGGCAUUUUGGCCUGUGCUUCAAUUCCAAAUCCUCUGUUUGACCUGGCAGGGAUAACAUGUGGCCACUUUCUGGUUCCCUUUUGGACCUUCUUUGGCGCAACCUUAAUUGGGAAAGCAAUAAUUAAAAUGCACAUCCAGAAACUUUUCGUAAUUAUAACAUUCAGCAAACAUAUAGUGCAGCAGAUGGUGUCCCUAAUAGGUGCUGUCCCAAGUAUAGGUCCCUCUCUUCAGAAGCCAUUUCAAGAGUACUUGGAAGCUCAGCGAAUUAAACUUCACCACAAAUCUGACAAUGGAGUGCCACAGGGGGAGAACUGGUUAUCAUGGAUGUUUGAAAAACUUGUGAUCGUCAUGGUUUGCUAUUUCAUCUUGUCUAUAAUAAACUCCAUGGCCCAAAGCUAUGCCAAACGAGUGCAGCAGAAGAUGUACUCUGAGGAAAAGACAAAAUAAGCUGGGUAAAACCCAUUGAAAUGAGCUUUAGCAGACAUGCAAGUGACAGGUCUUACCAUAUGUUAAAAAUCGGCAUUAUUCAAAACAGGGAAACACUUUUAAAAAUCAUCAAUUUUCCAGCUGUAACAAGUUUUUAAUUAUUUUCUUUUGAAAGUAAUUCACUAUUAGAGAAUAACUUUCAUUUACAAACGUAUGUAUGUUAAGGUAAUGUAUAUACUCUCUUUAAUUCAGUCUGAGUUGUACUUUCUGGGGUGGCACGUGUGAUGCUAGACUAAUGUUGAACAUGAAUGCUUUCCAUUCAAGUUAAUUCCAAAAUUGAUGAUUUAAUACUUAGCACAACUCCAGAUUUCCUGAUUAACUUGCAGCCUGGCCUAAAAGUAACAAUUUUCUUUUGAAGGAUGGCUGUCAUGCCUCAUAAUUUCAAGGUCAUUGAAAUAUAUGUAAAUGAUAGUAGACUGGGUAACAUUCUUGCAUGUCCUUCAUGGUAAUACGAGUCCAUCUGAGUUCUCAGAAAUGCCGUCACAUCGCACAUGCUCUCGGUUGGAAAAGCCACCCUUGCCAACUUCAUAAUGGUGUAAGCAGAGAUGGCUGAUGUCAAACUGGUGCAGUUCACUUUUUUAUUCUGUAUAUUUAGAAUGAAGUCAAGAUAAAACUUUAUAAAGUCAUCUUUGAUCAUUCCAGAA